CUCUCUCUCUCUCUCUCUCUCUCUCUCUCUUCAGAAAACGAGAGAAAAAAAAUCAGGAAGAAGAAGGUAAGAGAAAAUGGGAGACUACACGAUGUGCGUGUUCUUCACGAGGAAGUUCCGGAAUAACGAGGCAGAGCCCCCACCUGACCUCAAGAAAGCAUUCUUCGCCUUCUCCCGAGGCUAUGACCAGAUGACGGCACCUCAGUUCCAGCGCUUCCUUAUUGAAUUCCAGGGCGAGACCCAAGCCACCGUCGCUUAUGCUGAGUGGGUCAUUGAACAGAUGCGCCGUCUCCGUCCCGUCCUCAAUUUCGAAGAUUUCAUCCAAUACCUCUUCUGUGACGACCUCAAUGCUCCCAUCAUCUCUCAGGCACCAAUUGUUGAAUGGAAUGCUCAUUCUGACAGUCUCCUCAAUGAUACUCGUCAUCAUGUGCACCAUGAUAUGAAUGCUCCGCUGUCCCAUUAUUACAUAUUUACAGGCCACAAUUCAUAUUUGACUGGGAAUCAACUCAGCAGUGACUGCAGCGAUGUCCCAAUCAUAAAGGCAUUGACGAGGGGAGUAAGAGUAAUAGAAUUGGAUAUGUGGCCAAACUCUACAAAAGAUAAUGUUCAUAUUCUUCAUGGAAGGACGCUGACUACUCCAGUGGAACUCAUUAAAUGUUUAAGGUCCAUUAAGGAGCAUGCAUUUGUCACAUCUCCAUAUCCCGUUGUAAUUACUCUUGAAGACCACCUUACCCCAUAUCUUCAGGCUAAAGUGGCUGAGAUGCUCACUCAAACAUUUGGAGAAAUGCUAUUUUACCCCGGGGGAGAUUGUUUAGCAGAACUCCCUUCACCAGAGGCAUUGAAGAAUCGGAUAAUUAUUUCAACCAAACCACCAAAAGAAUACCUUGAAACUAAGCCCUUUAAGGUGAAGUUGAAACAAUCCCAAAAGGAAAAGGAUAUUUGGGAUGAAGAAGAAAUAUGGGGGAGUGAGCCUCCGGACCUUGAAGCUGAAUCUGAUGCUGAUGAUAAGAAUGAGAACAGGAGUGAACAGGAAGAAGAAGAUUUUGAUGAUAGUGACAACAAACUGCUUAAAAAUUCUGCACCUCAGUACAAGCGUCUGAUUGCUAUUAGAGCUGGGAAAAAGAAGGGUGGAUUGAAGAAAUCACUGAAGACAUGCACUGAUGAAGUUAGGCGUUUGAGCUUGAGUGAGCAAGAGCUUGUAAAGGGUGCAGCGUCUCAUGGAACUGAUCUUGUCCGGUUCACCCAAAAGAAUUUAUUGAGGGUAUAUCCAAAGGGAACACGCUUUAACUCCUCAAACUACAAUCCAUUGGUCGCAUGGGCGCAUGGAGUGCAAAUGGUCGCAUUCAAUAUGCAGGGAUAUGGCAAGUCACUCUGGUUGAUGCAUGGAUUUUUCAGAGCUAAUGGAGGGUGUGGUUAUGUGAAAAAGCCUGAUUUUUUGAUGGAGAAUGGUCCACAUAAUCAGGUCUUUGAUCCUUCUGCGAAGCUACCAGUGAAGAAAACAUUGAAGGUGAGAGUGUAUAUGGGUGAUGGGUGGCGUUUGGAUUUCAGUAAAACACACUUUGAUUCAUACUCCCCACCAGACUUCUAUACAAAGGUCGGGAUAGCAGGAGUGCCUGCUGAUUCGAUAACGAAGAAAACACAAGUUAUUGUGGACGACUGGGCUCCCGUUUGGGAUGAAGAGUUUAUAUUCCCACUGACUGUUCCUGAACUAGCAUUGCUUCGGAUUGUAGUGUAUGAGCAUGAUAGGUCUGACAAGGAUGACUUUGGUGGCCAGACAUGUUUGCCUGUGUCAGAGUUGAAAUCGGGGAUUCGGGCCAUCCCAAUUUAUGACCACAAGGGAGAAAAGUACAAUUCUGUAAAGCUUCUUAUGCGUUUUGAAUUUAUUUGAGGUCUGCACGAAAAUUUCAGUUGGUCAGACCUUGACAUGAUCCGCUAGAAUGCUUGUCCUGUAUCAUAGUGUUCGCCUCAAGCUACCAAGGGUGCAUGAAUGUCAUCACAAUUCAAAUACUGUAAGCCCGACAUUGCAAUUUUUAUGACAUGCGGAUUCCAGUUUUGUAGUAUGAUUAUUUUGCGACUCAAAUGUACAAAAGGAAUAGCUGCUAUCUCAGUAUUUGAAAUUGAUUCAAAGCUACCAUUUGGUUUUUGUUAAAGA